AUGGACGAAUGUGAGGCUAUAAACGUAUUAAUGAAGUCGAAAAGUUUAGCCCAGCUAAGACAUGAAUUGAAUUGUCUUCCGAACACGUUAUUAUUACCAGUGGCCAACAAAUGCUUGGAUUAUUUCACAUUAGCCAACUAUGCUGGAUUUAUUGGUAAUGUUCUUUCGUUCUUCUUCGAUUCUCUGAUUAAUCGGUUUGAUGAAUUAAGUAAUUAA